AUGCCAAGGAAAAUUCCGAAUUCGGAUGGAAAAAUGGGAGCAAGAAAAUGCAGAGUGAGGAAAAGGGUUUCCUCUUCGUCAUCUUCCUCGGCAUUACAUCAAAGCUGUCGAUUAAAGCGAGCUUUUUCGGUGGGGAAAAAGGCGGGAUCGAGCACGCCCGUGCCAAGAUGGAAAACGACGAUGGGGUCGUCAGAAAAUGACGGGCCGGUCGAGCAUUUAGUGGCGACGAAUAGAGGCCAAAGGGCUAAUAGUAGAUCGACGGUCUCGGCCAGAAAAUUGGCCGCCGUUCUUUGGGAGAUUGAUGGUUUGAGUGAAGUAGGACUUUUUAGAAAAGAUAAGGAUUUUGAAUGUUCUAAAUUGGGAUCAAAGGCUCUUGUUUUGACUGAUCUAUCAAGUAGUAAUGUUUCUGAGAUGAUGGAUUUAUCAAAAGCAGGCAGCCAUAGAGGAACAUCAGCAGCAAGCUCUCAGAAAACUGUGCACACUGAUUGUGAUCUGGGCAGUGGCAACAAGUCUAUCCAUGAUUGUUUGGUUGAGAUUGAUCAUGCACAGAAUCCGGCUCGAAGCCCAUCUAAAGGAUCAAAGAACCGUCUCAAGGAUGUCUAUAAUGGCCUCGUGACCUCGAAAGAAUUACUCAAAGUGAUGGCUCGGAUUUCCCGUCACGACACGACGGGCGUUUCCCUUUUCUCGGCCCUCAAAUUCGAGCUCGACCGAGCCUGCGCCCACGUCGCGAAAUUAAUCCAAGAACACAACCAAAACCGGACCGAAAUCGAAACCCUGUUCAAACACUUUCAAGAAGAAAAAGCCCUCUUGAAAUCAAGACAUCACGACAAAAUCCGUACAGCUAUUUCAUCCGUAAAAAUCGAGCUCGAAAAGGAAAAGAAGCUGAGGAUACAAACCGAACGACUCAACAAGAAACUCGGGAAAGAAUUGUUCGACACCAAAGAGUUGCUUUCGAAAGCGAAUAAGGACCUCGAGUGUGAAAAACGAGCCCGCGAGAUACUCGAGCAGGUGUGUGAUGAGCUGGCACGUGGCAUUGGCGAGGACAAGGCAGAAGUCGAGGAAAUAAAGAGGCAAUCGGCAAGAGUUUGCGAAGAAGUUGAAAAAGAGCGGGAAAUGCUUCAAGUGGCGGAUAGUUUGCGCGAGGAAAGGGUUCAAAUGAAGCUCUUGGAGGCUAAGUAUCAAUUCGAGGAGAAAAACGCCAUAGUUGACGAGUUAAGGCACGAGCUCGAAUCGUAUUUAAAGUCGAAAAAAGGCGAAGAGGGAGAAACCAGCUCACCAAGCUAUGACAAGAUUAGGGAGCUACAGAGAUAUUUACACGAGACUUUGCCGUGCACUUACAAAUACGAAGAUAAAGGGAAAGAUGAUAUUAAAAUAGUGAAUAAAUUCAAGAAUGAAGAUGAUGAAGAUGAAGAAGAUGAUGAUGAUGAUGAUGAUGAUGAUGAUGGUGAUAGUGACUCGGGUGAUAGUGAUCUUCACUCGAUCGAGCUAAAUGUUGAUGAUGUAAGCAAGAGUUUUAAAUGGGGUGAUGCCGUGAGAAACCGAAGGAGUAGAAGAAUUAGAAAACCGGUUAGAGAAUGGGAAUUUUCCAGCUCGAGAGAAAAUGGAGAGGAUUUGGAUGAGAUCGAGAGGUACAACAUGAUUAAGGAUCUAAGGGACCAUAUUGUUUCGGGUUCUAAGAUGAGUUCAACUCUAGACUCGCUCCUCGCCAACAAAAAAUCGUUCGCCCUUCUUCUCACAAUCGUCUUCUCUAAAUUCGACCGACCGCCCUUCAUUGCCAGCAAAAAAUCGCCCGCACCCCAACUCAUCGCUGGCAAGCCCGCUCUUAUCCGACGAAUCGACCACGACGGCAACCCCGCAGCUCCUAUCCGGCCUCUGAAAUCAGGAAAAAGGGUCUUUCCGGGUGGAAGCUUGUCGGCGUCGACGUCUGGUAUAAGAAUUUCAGCUUCAAUCAAGUGUAAAGAGCCGCGAAGAAGAUAUUCAAUUACCGCUGGUGAUGCCAAGUAUAGAAAAAUGGCUUCGGUUUCCGCUUUUUGCACACCAAAUAUCCCUUCAUUCUGCAGGAAACCUAUAUCCAAAAACCUAGUUUUAUGCCCAUUUGAAGUAGAUUUCCCUUGGUGCCCAGCCCGAACGAGUGCGAUAAAGGCACAUUCAGACGGCGCUGGCCCGACUUCAAAUGGGAGAGCGGAUUUGUUGAGAUGGCCAGCGUCCUCGGACCCCGACGACGAUGAUGAUCCAACUUAUGAGGCUGGGGAGAAGAAGGGUGGAGAUGGUGACACGUGGGUGGACUGGGACGACCAGAUUUUGCGUGACACUGUGCCCCUUGUUGCCUUUGUUAGAACGAUUCUUCACUCUGAGAAAUACGGAAGUGGUGAUAGAUUGAGUCCUCAGGAUGAGAAGACCAUUCUGGAGAAGCUACUUGCAUAUCAUCCAUCUUGUGAAAAGAAGAUUGGAUGUGGAGUUGAUUAUAUUACGAUUGGAUACCAUCCUAAUUUUCAGAGCUCAAGAUGCUUAUUCAUAGUUCGUAAUGAUGGAGACUUGGUCGAUUUUUCGUAUUGGAAAUGCAUAAAAGGCCUAAUUAGAAAAAAUUAUCCUCUGUAUGCGGAGAGCUUCAUUAUAAGGCAUUUUUCGCCGAGUAGGCGUAGAGACUGA